AUGACAGUUCUGACUGCGUCUUGGCUGGUAUUAACAGUGCAUUUGUUGCAGGUUUUGAUUGUCCUGGCUGUGCUGAUCCCUGUGGGGGCCUAUCCCCUCUUCCAGCCUCUGGACUGUGCAGACAUCUACAACCAAGGCUCUGAGGCCAGCGGGGUGUACCAGAUUUACCCUGGGGGAGCCACCUACCCUUUCUACGUGUACUGUGACAUGGACACUGAGGGAGGCAAAUGGACUGUGCUGCAGAGAAGAAUGGAUGGGACUGUGAACUUCUUCAGAGGAUGGGAGCAGUACAAGAGAGGCUUCGGGCAAGCGUCCGGGGAGUAUUGGCUGGGUCUAGAGACCAUCCACCUCAUGAUGCUGAAGAAGAACUAUGAGCUGCGUGUGGAUAUCGAGGACUUUGAAGGGGCCAACGUGUUCGCCAAAUAUUCCUCCUUCUCCAUCUCUCCAAUGGCCAUUAACGCUGAGCUGGAUGGCUACACCCUCCAUGUCAGUGGCUUUACAGAUGGAGGAGCAGGGGAUUCGCUGUCCUACAACAAUGGAGCAAAGUUCAGCACAUUCGACCGAGAUCGAGACACACAUCAUAGUGUGAACUGUGCUGUAAAUCUGGGUGGAGGAUUUUGGCAUUAUUCCUGCACUAACGUGAACCCCAAUGGAAUUUACACAUGGGGGAGGGAUGAUUCCAAUGGGGUGUUCUGGUGGCACUGGAAGUCAGCCACCUACUCUCUGAAAGCCAUCUCCAUGAAGAUGCGGCCUGUGUCCCUGGUGUACUCAGAAGAGUAGCUGGGCUGCAGAGCA